AUGCAGCUCACCAAGUCCGAAGCCCUGUUCGCCGAAGCCCAGCGCCUGAUGCCCGGAGGCGUCAACAGCCCAGUGCGCUCCUUCCGCGCCGUCACCGGAACUCCGCCAUUCAUCGCCUCCGGCAGCGGCUCCCGGGUCGUUGACGUCGACGGCAACGAAUACAUCGACUACCUCGGCUCAUGGGGGCCGCUGGUGCUGGGCCACGCUCACCCGUCGGUGGUCGCCGCCCUGAUGCGGGCCGCAGAGAACGGCACCAGCUUUGGCGCGCCGGUGGAGCAGGAGGUCGAGCUGGCCCGGCUGAUUACCGGCGCCCUGCCCAGCAUCGAGUCGCUGCGGUUGGUCAACUCCGGCACCGAGGCCUGCAUGAGCGCCAUCCGGUUGGCCCGGGCAUUCACCGGACGCGACAAGAUCAUCAAGUUCGCUGGCAACUACCACGGCCACGCCGACGGCCUGCUGGUCCGAGCCGGCUCCGGCGGACUGACCCAUGGCAUACCCACCAGCGCCGGCGUGCCUGAGUCCUACGCCAGCGAGACGCUGGUGGCCGACUUCAACGACCUUGACUCUGUCGAGCAGCUAUUCAACAGCUACCCCAACGCCAUCGCGGGGAUCAUCGUCGAGCCCGUCGCCGGCAACAUGGGCGUGGUGGGUCCUACGCCGGGAUUCCUGGAAGGCCUGCGCCGGGUAACUGCCCACGAUGGAGCCAUGCUCAUAUUCGAUGAGGUGAUCACCGGCUUCCGAGUGGGUGCGGGCGGAGCGCAGGGACUUUACGGGAUAAUGCCCGACAUCACCACGCUGGGAAAGAUCAUCGGAGGCGGGCUGCCGGUGGGCUGCUACGGCGGGCGCCGCGAGAUCAUGGAGCGAGUGGCCCCCCUGGGCGACAUGUACCAGGCCGGGACGCUGUCGGGGAACCCUCUGGCCGUCAGCGCCGGGGUCGCCACCUUGACCGAGCUGCGGAAACCCGGCGUCUACGAGCAGAUCGACCGCUUGGCCACCCGCUUGACCGACGGCGUCGGCGCCGCCUUCCGGAUAAACCGCGUCGGCUCAAUGUUCACCGGUUUCUUCAACCCCGGCCCGGUGGAGUCACUGGCAGAGGUCGAGCAGUCCGACGCCACCAAGUACGGCCGCUACUUCCACGCCCUGCUGGAGCGUGGCGUCUACAUCGCGCCGUCGCAGUUCGAGGCGGGCUUCGUCUCCACCGCCCACACCGAGGCAGACAUCGAUGCAACGAUAGAGCGAGUGCGGGAGGCGCUGGCGGAGUUGGGGUAG